AUCCUGUUUUUAAGUAUCAAUAAAUACACUGUACUUUUAUAAAAUUAAACAAUUAUAUAACAGUUUCAGAUGUUUUUUGUGAAACCGAAGUUCUUUUUCAGUAGUAUUAACAUAAAUAUGUUUUUAUAAAAACAAGAUGUGUGGAUUUAAAUGUUCAGUUUUUGCCCUUCUGGUAACAUUACCAUGUAUUCUUAAAGCAAACGAACAGAAUUUUCGUUCAAAGAGAGAAGAACCAUGUGGCGGAGAUAUCGAUUUGGAACUUAUGGGUGGUGUUGCUGAAAUUCAGCUCAGGACCGGAGUAAAAAAUGGCGUAGAAUUUUAUAGAGUUUUCGAAGACUGUACAUGGACACUUAAGACGGCUGAUGAUCAUUUUAUGAUCCUCAAAUCCGACUACUUUAGUGUUGAAAAAAGCGAGAACUGUUUCUCGGACUAUGUUAAGAUAACAGAAAAGGGCGUUGAUGAAACAACAAGCAGACACUGUGGUUUUGAUCCAUUGACAUAUAUCACAUUCGGAAACAUAAUAAAACUACAGUUCAAGUCGGAUGGUUCAUCUGAAUACAUGGGAUUCAAAUUCACAGUCAAGUCGGUGAAAAAAUUUUUGGAUGACACGUUUUGCAUUGGUAGUAUUUUAGGUGGCGAGGAUUCGAGCAUAGUGAACAAAGAUAUUUCAGGAGACAACUGUUUUUACCGAAUACAGGCACCAAAGCACAAUGAUAUAACGCUGACACUUAAAAUGCUAGAUUUUGGCUCAGCCAGUUGUGAGGAGGAAAGUAUAAUCAUUUACGAAGGAAACAGUACACAAGGGAGACCUUUAGGUACAAUAUGUAGUGAUAAUGAUCUCGGAAUAUUACCAUACCGUGCAAGUUCAAUGUUUAUUGAGUACAGGAAUCCUCUGGAACUAGACGGUGGACGUUUUGAAAUAGAAUACAUGUUUGUAGAGGACAACUUAAUAUCAUCAACGAGCCAUUCUUCGGUUAGGGAAAAUGAUGCACCAUGUGGUGAAGAAAUUGAUUUAGAACUGAUCGACGGUGUAGCUGAAAUUCAGCUCCGGACGGAAUUAUUCAACGGCAUAGAAUUCUACAGAGUAAAUGAAAACUGUACAUGGACGCUAAAGACAGCUCAAGAUAAUUUCAUGAUCUUAAAAUCCGACUACUUCAUCGUCGAAGAAAGCGAGAACUGUAUCUGGGACUAUGUUGAAAUUACAGAAAAGGGCGUUGAUGGGACAACAAGCAAAUACUGUGGUUGGGACCCUUUGACAUAUAUCACAUUUGGGAGCGAAAUCCAACUACAAUUCAAGUCGGAUGUGUCAUAUGGAUACAAGGGUUUCAAAUUCAUCAUCGACGCGAGUAAAAGAGGUGGAGAUGACUCUAAGUGCAUUGGCAGUAUAUUGGGUGGUGAAGAUUCAAGGAUUAUGAAUAAAGAUGAUUUAGAAGAGGAUUGUUUCUACAGAAUACAG